ACGCCCCCAUGGCUGAAAGAGCAAGUAUGUUCCAUCAAGUUCUGCCAGAAAGAUAUCACAGUAACUAUGACCGGAUCACAACGCAAAACAGGAACUAGUUCGGGCUUUUCCCAAGAAGCGCCACCUAUAGGUAGCAACGGGAACCCACGAAGGAAGGAAAAUAAUUCUCAACUCCUAGCAGGUCGGCUUAACCACUUCCAGAGGGAUUACUAUACAGGUGAUAGGGGAUUUUCGGAAAUAAGUCGAUUUUCAGAUCUUCAGGGAUCCAGGAUGGGUCGGGAGCACUCUCGUCCAGACUAUGAUGACUUUGAUAUUUUCUGCCACAGUCCGACAAUGAUGUCUCCAGAACUUUCUGCUAGGGAUAAGAAUAAGAGAAAAAUGUGGAGAAGAUCAAAAGAUAAAUUUGAACUAAAGACUGGAGAUACUUUUCAGUCUUUGAGUCAUCUCAGUUCAUAUCGAUAUUCUGAAACAACGUUAGAUCAAGGUAUUAAAAGAGCCCAGCAGUCAUCACUGGGUCAAGAACAGAGAAAGCACAAAGAUGAGACGAGGAGGCCGCCACGUCGCUCACUCUCUACAGCCGCUGUGGACGAACAUCAAGGAGGUUCAGCAGUUCAAGAUAUUCGAGACUGUUUUAUUAUUCCCACUCAUCUUAUGAGCCGCUUUAUGCCAUUUUACUGUGAGAGCAACCUCAGCCUUUCUUCUCAAGCUCUGAGUAUGAUGAAAGUCACUGACCCGAAAAUUUGUAUUAUUUUCGAUUUUGGCGAGAACGCUUCAUUUGGCUCUCAAGACUUACCAUCACCAACGACCACGCUCGAGCUGCCGCCAAAAGAUUGGUUGAUGGUUCAGCUCUGCCGCCAACGGAAGCAGUUAAGCUGGAUAAGAGAAUCCUCAACGGCAACAGAAGGCAUGCUCCUGAUGAACGUCGAACGCCACAGUAAGCUUAUGUACCGUUUUUAUUAUGCAUUUCUUAAGUAA